CGCUUUCCCUAUUAAUCUGUUUACUCCGGAAGAUCUGGAACGGGAAGUUCCUUCAGGACAGCAGUCGAUUCUGGGGACGAAGCUUAGCAGGGGCUCCCCCUUCAGUAGAGCCCCAGUCCAAAAUGAAGCAGGUGCUUUCAGGGAGGAGAGACCAGGCCCAGGAAGCUUCCCAAAAGAGGAGAGACCUCAGAGAAGCAGUGCCCAGCAGGCACCAAGAUUGCGCCUCCCAGAGGUCUGACCAGGAUUCCAUCCGCCAGCUGCUGUGUGAUGAUGCAUCCUGUUCCAUUUGCAACAAAGCUGCCAUAGAGGCCAAGAAAUUGGCCUACCCCAAAGGACUGGGCUUUCGGUUCCACUUGACACCUGCACCACCUGUCCCCAUCGCCUACCAGAAGGGGUGCUCCAAACUUUUGGAUGUCUCUGAAAUGUCAGUUGGUGCCCCUUCACCACAAAGUGUGCCCUGCCCUACCUGCCCCCACUCACGUCCCACCUCAGGAGCACCGUUGCUGGCUGAUGAAGGAACCAGUAGUCACUCCAGAGACCUGUCGGCUGUCCUCCUGAAGGAACAGAAGAAGAAGCUGACAGUGACAAUGACAGCGAAGCAGAAGAGGAGGUCUUCUUCCAGAGAGAAGAGGGGUAACAGUAGUCCCAGCAGUUCCUGCAGUGAGGAGGAAUGUUUUAACCGUUCAGGUCCAAAAAAACACUUCCAUGCUGCCACGUCUGGUGUCCUGAAGGUCUCUUUCACCAGCAGGACAGACUACACCUCAUCUGCUUCGGGUCAUUCGGAGUCACAGGAAGAAGUCCUCAAGUGUUCCCUGAUGAUUGAGAGCGAAGCCUCUUCUACAAGCACUCAGGCUGAAGCUGUUCCAAAGAAGAAGGCUCACCGAGGACGCCAUAGGUCCCACCGAAGCCACAAACACAGGAGGAAGAGAGAGAUGGGCCUCCGGUCAGGAACUCAGUGGUCUCAAGGAGGAGAAGGUGCUGCUGUGGACACUCCCUUCCUGGAGGAGGCUGUGCGGGCAAAGUUAGAGUGGCAUUUGCUCAGGAAGCGAGUGCAGCACGCCAUGGGCCUGCCCUUGUCCCUCAUCAGGUCCCUUAGGACCUUUAUUCCCCUUGCUCCUGAUUCUAAUCGGAAGAAGCUGGCAAGGAACGUGGCUGUAGUUGUCCGCCCCCAGGCCCUUCCCUUCCUGAGACCGGAAGGUGCCAGAGCCGAACUUGAGCGACACUUGAAGAAAAUGGUGCACCUCAAGCGCUGGGGCCUGCCACAGAAGGUCCAAGAAGCCCUCAGCCACUUGCAGCCAAGCACAGGCCAUGGGUCGUUUACUUUCUCAGAAAAAGAAGACCAGCAGGUUGUGAGCCGGAAGACAGGAAAGACAUACCAACAAGCCAAGGACAUGGUGGGUUUCCAUCCUGCCCAUGCCAUCCCUGACUGGCACUUUCAGAAGGUGACUGCACCAAAGCCAAGUCACCCACUGGGUGGGCGGCAUCUGCACCCAUCAAAAGUGCUGUUCUCCCAGGGGAAAGUGAGAGAUGCGAAGAGCAUUCAUGAAUGGGCGCCCUUCCGAGGGCCCACCCAUUCCUUGGCCAGAGGAGCAGCUGGCACCCCCAGGCAGCCAUCCUGGAUGGGUUCCUCUGCUUCAGAGGCUGUAGCGGUUACACUCUCUGACUUGGCAUGCCUGGAGUCCCACAUCCUCCAAAAGAGGGUCCAUCACCAGUGGGGCCUGCCCAUCCUGAUUCAGAAGUCCCUGGAGCAGUUCUUUCCAGCUCCACCUCAGCCAUCCACGCGCCCUGUUAUAACACGGUGCUCUCUAUGGGAAGAGAGGGCAGCGACCAUGUCCAGCCACCUUACUUUCAUCCGGCCAGAGACUGCUGAGCAGCUGAACAGCCACCUCAGGAGCCUGGUGGUGGAGAAGCGGUGGGGCCUUCCCCAGCGAGUGAUGGAGUCUCUCCAGAAGUUUGCGCCAGACCCUCUCCUUUCUCCAGAAAUGCCUGGGGCAAGGGAGGUGGCUCCAUCAUGCCUUACUGCAAGGAGACCCAAAUGUCCUCCCUCUGAAAAGCCACCAGCACCCCACAAGAGACUUGCUGUGUUCCUGGGAUUGCAGCCCUCAGACAGCUGUUGGGGCCAGAAAGGCCGCAUUCUGCAGAGGAAUGUAGCCAAGCAAGCGCUUGAAGUCCAGCUGAAUGUCUUUCCCCCUCUGGUUCAAUAUUCACAAGGGGUCAGCCAGCGAGCCUCCAAAGACAUCCUUCCCAAAGUUUUCUCUCCUGGACAGAAAACUAUCCGGCACCGGACUGGGGACCUUCCCUUUCUGGAGCGGAGUGCCUGUGAUCGCAUUGAACUGAACAUUGCCCAUAAAAACCUGAGCUACAGAUGGGGCCUGCCCACCAUCUACACCAAAUCCCUGGCCCAUUUCUUCUUGGGAAUGGGACCCAUGUCUUCUCGUGUCUCCCCAAUUGUUCCAGGCAGCUUUGUGUCAAGAGAGACCACCUUCCUUGCCAGAGAGGCCCGUGAGGGGCUGGAGUGGCACAUUAGGUGGAAGCGGGUGCAGCAUACUUGGGGGCUCCCAAGCCUGGCCCUGAUCUCUCUCCGUUGCCUCCUCCCUGCAGCUCCCCAGCUGCGCCGCCCACAGCACAGGCUCAGACCUGAGGAGGUGUCUGUUGUCCCGGGGCCGCUCUUGUUCCUCCGCAAAGAAACCAAGCAGAAGCUGGAGGCCAACGUGCGGAAGAGAGUGAUAUUCCAGCAGUGGGGGCUGCCUAGACGGGUCCGCCAGUCCCUGAGGCUGCUGUGUCCAGACAUCGUGCUUCAUCCUGCAAGGACCUACACUGUGCCAGGAUCUCAACCACCACGGCCCCAGAGGCAUCCUCACCGCAGCUCCUCUGCUGGACUCAUCCUGAGCAGCCACAGAAGAGCUCAGGGGGCCGUUCCCUCAACGCUGGGGCCCAAGGGUCUCAAGAAGAUUAAAUCCCACCUGACUCGGAGAUUGGUGGAAAUGCAGCUGGGACAACCCCCACCUGUUGUCAGAACCUCAUGGCAUCUGGCAUUGCUUUCCAUGCAACAGCCUCUCCCCAAGCUGAUACUCCCAGGCCAAGAGUCUCUGCAUCCUCGCAACAGUUUCCUGCCCUUUUCACGCACUGAGGACCUUCAGCAGAUUGGGCUGGCCAUCUCUAGGAGGCACUUGUCCUCUCUCUGGGGGCUGGGCCUGCACUACGUGGAAGCUGUCUCUCUGGUAGUGCCAAAGCCAUCCACUCGGCCCCUCCGACCCCAGCGGAUGCUGGGUACAGAGUUCUCAGAGGUGGGGACCCCCUUCCUUCCCCAUCCAGACAGAAGUGCUUUGGAACUGCACAUCAGGACAAAGCGGUUGCAGCACCAGUGGGGGGUCCCAGCCUUCCUCCAGUGGUCCCUGAAGGUCUUUGCGGAGCCCUGCCUUCCCCUGCCAGCUGCCAGCAUCAGGGCUGAGCUCCAGGUGGAGAUUGUGCUGCAGGAGUUCCUCUUCCUUCCCCAGAAGAUCCGCAGCCACCUGGAGAUGCAUGUCCAGAAGAUGAAGCUGCACAGGCACUGGGGUUUGCCCAGCAGAGUGCUUGAGUCCUUGAAGCCCAUGCACCCAGAGCCCAGGAGGCACCGACAUGGACAGCAAGAGGUCCCUGUGGACUCCAGCCCUCCUGGCCCAGCCCUAGGGGACUCCAGCCACCGUGGUCCCACAGGGUCCUAUGUGAGCAUGAGUGCAAACGUUAGGAGACCAAAGAGACAUCCACGUGCAGCAGGUGCACCACCUCCGGUGUUCUCGCUGGUGGGGACCAGAAACCUAGAAAAGAUCAGGAUCCGCCUGGCGAAGAAAUGCGUGGAGGAGCAGCUGGGGGCUUUCCCGGCAAUAGUCAAGCUGUCUUGGCGCCGUGUGUCCCUUUUAUUGAGGCAGCCCCUCCCCAAAUUGAUCCCACCUGGCCAGAGGCACCCACAGGCACGCUCCCACCUUGUGCCCUUUGGGCGGAAGGAGGACGUGGACCGGAUUGCAUUUACCAUGCAGCACAAACACAUGAUGUUCCUCUGGGGGUUGAGUACCCGUUACAUGGGGGCCCUGGAUGAGAUGAUGCCCAGGCCCUCCUCCUUGCUGCCCUGCAGACCCAGAAGAGUUGCUGCUGCGGUCACUGUGGUGUUCUCAGAAGUGAGGAUACUGUUCCUGCCAGAGCGGGAAAAGGAAAUCUUAGAGCAGCAAGUAAAGCGGAAGAGAAUCCAGCACUUGUGGGGCUUCCCCGCUGUCAUUGAGAAGUCGGUCAAGAGCUUCAUGCACCAUGCUCCUGCCCUCGCCGUCUCCCAAAGGAUCUUGGUGGCUGUCUCCAUCCAACAGCGGGACCCCUCAUUCCUUUCCCAAGCCUCAUGCAGGUCCUUGGAGCUCCACCUUCAGAAAAUUAAGCUCCAGCACCGGUGGGGAACACCUGCCAGAGUCCUUGAGUCCUUGAACGUCUUCCACCCUUCCGGUGCUCUACGCAAGGUGGGAAGGGAGAGUAGGCCAGAGAGACUCCCACGGCUACUUCCACCACCCUUGUCUCCUCAAGAACAACUUAAAUCCACUCAGGCCUUGGCUUUUGCUGAAGAAAGGUCUAGGCAGCUUAAACCAGGCAGAGAUGUCCAACAAAAAAUGGAGGAGCAAGAGAAAAAUGAGGAGGAUGAAGAGCAGGAUGAGGAGCAGAAGCAAGAGGAAGAGGAAAGGGAGGAAGAACAGGAAGAGAAGGAGGAGAAGGAGGAAGAACAGGAAGAAGGAGAGGAAGGGAAAGAAGAGGAGAGACAGCAGUGGGAAGGAGAGACAUCCACACAAGACUCCUUGAAGUGGGAAGAGGGUUCAGUGGAGCACAGCAUUAGUUCAGGCAGUAGAAAAGGGGGGAGAGAGAUGCAUGCCCCAACUUGCAAGUCUCCUACUGAACCCACGGUGCCCCACUCAACUUCUUGUACCCCUGGGAUGGCUGUUAGAAGCAGAACCCCAGAGAAAGGAAGGAAAAUUAUCGUGGAUUUGUCUCCGAAGAGGACCCUGCCACAAAGAGAAAGCCGGGGAGAGCACCAGGGCUGCACUCCAAUCCUCCUGAAGGGAGAGGUCAAGCUCUCCCAGCCCCGUAAGACUGUUGACCAGAAAGUUUCCCUCAUUGGUUCCAUCGUGGAGAAGAAGCUGUACCUGCAGGAUGGUCUCCACAUCUGGCUGCGAGACCAGGAGAGGCAGAGGACACACAGGAAAGGGGAAUGCAGCAGAGCAGGCAAAGACCAGGGAGUGUGGCAGGUGGAGGCGGUGAGCGCUGAGCUUCACUGGGGAGGCACGCAUGAUAGGGAGCAAGGUGCUGGUGUGGAAAAGGAGGAAUACCAGGCUGAUUUGGGCCCCAAAGAUAGCACUGCAGAAUCUCAAGGCCUGGGUACAGCUCAGCUUGAGAAAACACACUCAUUUCAGGCAGGCAGGGUGGGAUCCCACGGUGGACCUGAAGGGCCUUCCAUGGGUCCAGCUUCACAGAUGACACCUGCCAUAGGAAUCCCUAGACAAGUGUGCAGCUCACGUGCUCAGCACAGGGCAAGUGGUGGCAGCAGAAGCCGAGAGAGGAGGAGGGCCACAAGCCCAAGGCCCUUAGUCAAAGGAGAAAAGCAAAGGCUUGUCCACAAAGAACUGUUGGUUAGACAUGAAGAAAAGAGACUGCACAGCAAAGAACGGACGUCGAGAAGCAAAGAGCGGAAGUGGAAUAGCAAAACAUGGAAGUCCAGCAGCAAAGAGCGGAAGUCCAGCAGCAAAGAGCGGAGGUUCAGCAGCAAAGGGCGGAAGUUCAGUAUCAAAGAGCGGAAGUCCAGCAGCAAAGAGCGGAGGUCAAGCAGCAAAGAGCGGAAGUCCAGCAGCAAAGAGCGGAAGUCAAGAAGCAAAGAGCGGAAGUCCAGCAGCAGGAAGUGGAAGCUGAUUGGGAAAAGAUCAAGCAGCAAAGAGCGACGAUCGAGCAGCAGAAGAUCAAGCAGCAAAGAAGAGAGGUCGAGAUCGAGUAGUGGAAAACGGGGAUCGAAAAUCAGGAAGUGGCUGUUCAGCAGCAGAAAAAAGAAACCAGAAAGCAAAGGGGAACAUUCAAGCACCAGGCAAGGAAGAUCAAGAAGCCGAGAUCAAAGUGAGAGACGGCAAGGACUGAAUCUGAUGCAAGGAAAAGAGGGGCCCAGAAGAAAACAGGAGUAAUGAUGCCUCUCUCUGGACUCGUAUCCACACUUCUUACCAUCCCCUUACAUCUCUCCUCCCUCUUAUCUCUUAUCCAGCUAUACCUUUGUCAAUUAUCAAAAAAUGUGAUGAAAACAAUGGCCUAGUUGUGGUUUUUGGGUGAACAGGAUGCUGGAUUUGGAGGAAAGGAAGGGCUUCAGGGGGUACACUUGAACCCAAGACCCUCCUUUCAAUAAGACAAGCUGCCACCAUCAGAGGAGUUCUUUCACAAAAUGCCUGAUUGCUGCUUUCAUGGAACAGGAACUUUCCUGCACCUUUUGCAAAUCUUGCUUAUGUAUGUUCAUUGCCAAGUCAUGCAUGCUUUUAACAUGUGGCACAUAGGCAUGAAGUGGACUUGUUCAUUUUCACCAUUCACUUAUUUAAAAAAAAUAGCCUGUCCCCUAGGAAGACAAUAUCUUAAUUGUCUGUAAAUCAUCUGUGGUCAACUGUGGACCUAAGUCUCCAGUUUUCAUGGGUCAUUUCCUGGCAGGAGACUAAGGGCUUUAUCACAUGGGGGAAAUUGGGGGUUUAACAAGGCAUUUUCCUAGGAUAUUCACGUGA